CCCCAAGGGAAAUUCCAAAGGAUUCAUAAAGUGCUAUCUAUCUAUCUCUCUAUGAUCCUCUAUAAACCUCAUGAUUCCAGACUCUAAUAAAAAAAGAAAAAGAAACCUAAUGUUUACGUUGUUGGAGUUAUUCAUUUCAACUUGUCUGGCCCGGAGCCAAUCAUAAACCAACAAAUACUCUGCUUGUUUUGGUCAGAUGGCCGGUUCCCUGGCUGCGUAAGACCUGCGUCAUUUAGCGCCUCUUGGUUUUAAUACGACCGUCACAUGAAGCCAGCGGAGACCACCUACCGACCGUGUCCAGUGGUUCGGGGUCCAAUCUCUGCACUCUCUGUUAGAGGGAAGGAAGGAAGAGAGAAAAGGGGGAGUGAGACUUGUGGAGGUUGUGGGAGGGUGAGCGCGCCCUCCCCCAGCUGAAUGUCUGUAGAUGGAUCCCCUCCUUCUUAACCAGCCUCUCGUCCAACCUAGUGCAGAUGGUCGAAGAGGCCAAAGGAGAGAGAAAACCAUGAGGCGGUGUGGUGACAUGAACAGAACUCAGUAGCGCUUUCACUCAUCGACUCCUGCCGUUUGGUCCAGUCACAACUAAGGUCGACUCAACUCCACACACCUCUGGCGCGGAGAGCACUCGGUUGCAUGUGCGAAUGCCCGCGGUUCUGCCGGCGCACUCCACGCCUGCGCUGGUGAUGCCAUGCCGAGAAGUCACACCGGCGACGAGAUCGGCAGCAGCGGCGGAGGUGGAGGCAACACAGCCAACACAGCCAACACAGCCAACACAGGGGACACCGGGCUCUGGAUAAAGAGCUCCUCGGCACGCCGGGCGCAGGAUUACGCACUGAAAGAUGUGGAGUCCGGGCACAGGGAGAUGAACAACACGGCGCGCGUCGGGGACGGUCUCUUGUCUCCCGGAACGACAGGUGCGGCGGGAGCGGAGAGGAAGCAGGGAGCCCGGCUCAGUCUUCUGGGGAAACCGCUGACCUACAGCGCGCAGAGCGGUCGCCGGAACGCCCGGUACCGACGCCUGCAGAAUUACCUCUACAAUGUGUUGGAGAGACCGCGUGAAUGGGCGUUUAUUUACCACGCGUUUGUGUUCAUCCUGGUGUUUGGAUGUCUGGUUCUGUCUGUGUUUUCAACCAUCCCUGCACACCAGGAGUUUUCCUCACACUGUCUUCUUAUCCUGGUACAACACACACACACACACACACACACACACUUCAUCAUUGGCGCUGUGGUGAAGCGUUUAUCACACCUGCCUUACUCACAAAAGGUCCUGGGUUCAAGGCCAGGGACGCAGUGUGAAAGUGUGCGGUCCUUGUGCUGCACCACUCACCGUCCCCCACCACAGUGCAUCAGCAUAGGUGGCAAAGUCUUUGUUGUACUCUUUUUCCACGAGAUAAACCAGAAAAGACGAGAAGAUCAGGACGAGGAACCCGAUGAGCUGGUGACCGCCUGGUACAUCGGGUUCCUCGUCCUGAUCUUCUCGUCUUUUCUGGUUUAUCUCGUGGAAAAAGAGUACAACAAAGACUUUGCCACCUAUGCUGAUGCACUGUGGUGGGGGACGAUCACCCUCACCACCAUCGGCUACGGUGACAAGACCCCACAGACGUGGACCGGGCGCUUGUUAUCGGCCGGCUUCGCUCUGCUGGGAAUCUCCUUCUUCGCUCUGCCAGCUGGCAUCCUGGGGUCGGGAUUUGCCCUGAAGGUUCAGGAGCAGCAUCGACAGAAGCACUUUGAGAAGAGGAGGAACCCAGCUGCCAGUCUUAUCCAGUGUGUCUGGCGUAGUUAUGCUGCUGAUGAGAACUCGGUUUCCAUUGCUACCUGGAAGCCUCAUUUGAAGGCAAUGCAUACCUGCAGCCCCGCCAAGAAAGAGCAGGGAGAGACCACGUACAGUCAAAAGUUGAGUUUUAAGGAGCGGGUCCGGAUGGCCAGUCCUCGCGGUCAGAGCAUGAAGAGCCGACAGACCUCCAUCAACGACCGCCAACGGUGUUCCCCCGGAAAUGACGCGGUAGGCGGGGGUGAACUGAUGGGUGGCAGCCCCGCCAAGGUCCAGAAGAGCUGGAGCUUUAACGACCGCACGCGCUUCAGGCCCUCGCUCAGACUGAAGAGCCAGAACCGGACCGUGGUUUCAGACGUGGACAGUGGGAUGACCACGGAGGAUUCGUUUGAUGAGAGAGGCUGUCACUGUGACAUCACUGUGGAGGAUCUGUCAGCUCCGCUCAAGACCGUCAUCAGAGCCGUCAGGAUCAUGAAGUUCCACGUGGCGAAGAAGAAGUUCAAGGAGACGCUGCGUCCAUACGACGUGAAGGACGUCAUAGAGCAGUAUUCAGCUGGACAUCUGGACAUGCUGUGUCGCAUCAAGAGUCUUCAGACCAGACUGGACACCGUGGUGGGUCCACCUCCACGUCCGUUCAACAGUCGUAUGAAGGCCUUCUCCUCCCCCUCCCUGCCCUUGUAUUACAGCCCCGGCCGGAGGAUGAAGCCUGGGUCAGGGGUGGAUCAGAUCCUGGGAAAAGGCCAGAUUCCUGUGGAUAAGAAGAUGAGGGACAAACUGAACGCAGAUGGAGACUCUCUGGACGGCAUGAGCAUGCUGGGACGUGUUUGUAAGGUGGAGAGACAGGUGACGUCCAUCGAGUCCAAGCUGGACUCUCUGUUGGACGUGUACCGUCAGGUUCUACAGAAGGGUCCGUCGGGCCUCACUCUGGCCUCGUUGCCUCUGUUCGAGCUGGAAAACCACCAGCACCACAACUCGGACUACCAGACCUCCAUGAUCGGGCGGGAGCUCCCUUCUCCUCAGGGGGGAAAUCUGGAGCGAGGAGGCAGUGAAGGGAACCGAGGCCUCCGUCGUUCUCAAGGCACCAACCCCAGAGGACUGCGUCUCAUCCUGGCACCGGCCGAUGACGACAUCCCUCCAGACUCGGCCCCUCCCUCCUACCCCCCAUCCACGGCCUCCCUCUCUCCGUCACCGCUGCUACCACCUGACAGUCCCUACCCCACCUUGGUCACACCAAACGGUACCUCUAAGAGAGCACACUUCCCCGACCUGCCGCCUCCGCCCGCCUCAUCGGGGGGUUUCACCCUCCAGCUGCCCUCCAUGGUGCCCCCCUCCCACCUCAGAUAUUCUGCUCACUCCAUCGCAGAUGAUCUGGCAGAAGGAGUGAUGGCAGACAAAGAGAACCUGGGUCCUUCUGUUGUCACGGAGUCCAGUUUGGGUGCAGACCGGGUGGAGGACGCUGAAGCGGUUCCUGUCCAGGGGGGGGUGCAGCUCCGCGACAAACCAUGCUUGAAAAAUGAGGCAGUCUGGAGGAGGCACAUGAGCCUGGAGGUGAACCCGCUGCUGCUGCUCUCGUCCAGCACAGACGGGACGCCGUCGGACUGGGACGGCGGUCUGGGGAAGUCCCUCUCCGUUCAUAACCUCAGCCAGACCCUGAGCUCUCACGGCGACCUGAGCAACUGGGACGGGACAGAACUGUUCAUCGGCGAGUGUAAGUUAGAACCAGCAGAAAAAAAAUGUUUCAACUUCCUGUCACCUGACGGCAGCCCCGCGGACCUCCUACAGACUGUGCAGGAGGCUGCCCCCCCCUCCAAGGGGAGUCAAGACUUUCUCAGUCAGUCCACAUACACAACUGGCAUAACCAUACACUCACACACACACUGACACACACACACACAUACAUACACGCUCAUACACAAACACAGUUUUUUAUCAGACAAUAAUCAGAUCAUGUUCAGUAUCAAAAUUUAAAUUUGGAUUUUAACAAACCAGGUGAGCGCUGCAGCUAAUGAUUAGUUUUACAAAUCCAUGAAUCUAUUGAUUAUUUUAUUCGAUUAAAAAAAAGGUUAUAAAUUGACAAAUCCUUUCAUCCAGAACCAGCAGAAACGACAACCACAAAAACGUACAAAGGUAAAACAAUACAGUAUAUAUAUAUAUAUAUAAAAAUAACAACAAUAACAGUAAAAAAAAGUCUAUAAAAAUUCUAUAGAUAAGUAGAAAUAACAACAAUAACAUAAAAGUAUAUAUAAAAGUACUGUAUUUUUAAUUUUUUUUUUCACAUUCGACAUUUUCUGCUCGUCUCUUCCGAGCUUGGCUUCAUGUGUCCGUGAGAACCACGACUGCAGAACCAACGUUAAACAGCAGUAACACGAACGGAAGAAAAGAUUCAGGGCAGCUGUCGCAGCGCUAGUCCAGACGUCUGUUACAUGUAGCAUGCACCACCAAAAUCUUUUUUAGUUUUUUUUUAGGGUUGAAGCACAAAUGGAAAGAAAAAAAACGACGACACAUUUGGACAGAACACGAUCAGACGCACCAGUAAAAUAUAAAACAUGAUUGAUGAAUUCUUUCCUAGGGUUUGAGUUAAUCUGAAAAAAAAACCCAAAAACUUUUCAAUUCACCUGGAUAACCAUGGGCAUUUGUAAUGGUCCAUGGUACAGACCAGGGGUCUGCAACCCCCCACCAUCAGAUACAAUUCACCAGGAGGUGCAAACACCGUUUGACCAUUAAGUACUGGUCCUAAUGUAUUAUAUGAAGUAUUGUAUUCAUUGUAUUGUAUUCAAGGAACGAUCAGCUGGUACCAGCUGUUACUGCGGACUGGUAGCACCGCGCCGAUCGUUGAAGGAUCAUUAGUUUUUCAGACUUGAUUUUUUUAGUAUCGGAGUCGAAAUGAAACGUUAGCAGAUUAUCUUUAAAUGAAGAAGUAAAUGGACGUGACUGCAGUGUCUUUGAAUGAAGUACAUCAGUAAAAAUGAAGUAUAUAUGUUUCCGUCCAGUACUAAAUUACUUAUGAGCUGGUACCGGCCCACGGAUCAGGGGUUGGGAACCCCUGCUAUGGACUAUAGAAGCUGUUGAUGCAAAUGUCUACAUGCAGAGCAAUGAUCAAUUAAAACACAAUAGCAAUCAAUCGUUAGUAUGACAUGUUGUUGAUUUGCUGUUAGCAAGCAAACCGGAAAUUUAGUCACAUGUUUAAUUAAUUUUUUUUUUUUAUUACUGGUCGGUUAGG